UAUCUCACUUCACUCUCAAACCUCCAGCAACUGUGCAAAUGUUAACAAUCAGCCAGCCGUCCAGUCAAUCUCAUUAUCUUCACCGUGAAGUUUACUACUGGGUUUCCACCAAUUGCUGACAUAUCUACUGAUCGAAAACAAAACCACUAGAAAGAGGAAGAAUUUCGUACACUACUACAAAACAACCGCAAGUAUCCAUUUCUGUAGCCGGCUAUUUCCUUGAUCAUCAUGUAAAAUUCAAGAGUAACUCUUCCCUAUUGUCCCCCCGUCAUGGCCUUCUUUUCUCACAACAGUUACCCCUUCACUUUGUUUCCGUUUAUAUUUUUGUUCAUGUUACUAACAACCAUGAACAUCGUAAACGCUUCGUUAGAAACAUGGAGUGCCGAUACGGGCCCCGUGAUUCCCACAACCCCAUUGGUAAAUUUCCUUCAAACUUUGCAGGAGACUUCGCUGAAAACUUUUGGUCCAAAGAACUUUGAUCCCAAAAUGUACGUUGACUUGUCUUUGAAGUCAAAUCUUUCAACAACAAUUGAUGCUUUUGACAAGUUGCCACGAAACGCUACUGGGGCAAUUUCAGUUCUAGAUUUGAGCAAGUUUAUUGAUGAUUACUUUGAGGGUGCUGGAGAUGAUCUUGUGUAUGCUGACCCACUGGAUUUUGUUCCUGAGCCGGAGGGCUUUUUGCCUAAGGUUGAGAAUUCUCAAGUGAGAGCAUGGGCAUUAGAAGUGCAUUCUUUGUGGAAAAAUUUGAGUCGGAAAGUUUCUGACUCUGUUUUGAACCGGCCUGAGUUUCAUACUUUGCUUCCCCUUCCUGGACCGGUUGUUAUUCCUGGGUCUCGCUUUAAAGAGGUCAACUAUUGGGAUUCUUACUGGGUUAUAAGGGGCUUGAUGGCAAGCAAAAUGUAUGCCACUGCAAAAUCAAUUGUGACUAAUCUCAUCUCCUUCAUUGAUACAUAUGGUUAUGUUCUUAACGGUGCAAGGGCCUAUUACACCAAUAGGAGCCAGCCUCCCCUACUGAGUGCAAUGAUUCAUGAAAUAUACAAGCGGACUGGUGACUUGAAAUUGGUUAUUAAGGCUCUUCCUGCUCUGCUCAAAGAAUAUCAAUUUUGGAAUACAGGAAUACACAGUGUGACAGUCCAAGAUAGUCAAGCUAGCAGUCACAAAUUAAGUCGGUAUUAUGCAAUGUGGAACAAACCAAGGCCUGAAUCUGCUACCAUCGACAAGGCAUUUGCUUCAAAGAUCUUGAACGAUUCUGAGAAACAGCAUUUUUAUAGGGAAGUGGCUUCGACUGCUGAAUCUGGAUGGGAUUUCAGUACAAGAUGGAUGAGGAACACCUCGGAUAUCACCACUUUGACCACAACAUCGAUUUUACCUGUUGACUUAAAUGUAUUCGUACUCAGGAUGGAACUUGACAUUGCCUUCUUUGCAAAAGUUGUUGGAGAUAAUAGGACUGCCAAGAGCUUUUUGAAGGCUUCUCAAACAAGAAAACGGGCAAUCAACUCUGUUUUUUGGAAUGAAGAGAAGUGGCAAUGGCUUGAUUACUGGUUUGAUAAUGGAGCUACUCUUGAGGAAUGUCAAGCAUGGCAAGCUUCGAACCAGAAUCAUAGGGCAUAUGCUUCAAAUUACUUGCCUCUAUGGAUUGAUUUGUUCAACUCAGACACUUGUUUGGUGAAGAAGGUUAAAAAAAGUCUUGAAAGUUCAGGCCUGGUUUGUGCUGUUGGAAUAGCAACUUCUUUGAUAAAUUCGGGAAACCAAUGGGAUUAUCCAAAUGGUUGGGCGCCGCUUCAACACAUGAUAAUAGAAGGUUUGUUAAGAUCAGGAUCAGAAGAAGCAAGGGCAAUGGCUGAAGACAUUGCAGUAAGGUGGAUCAGAACCAACUAUGUUGCCUACAAGAAAACUGGUGCUAUGCAUGAAAAAUAUAAUGUGGAAAAGUGUGGAGAUUUCGGAGGUGGUGGUGAAUACAUUCCACAGACUGGUUUUGGUUGGUCAAAUGGAGUUGUAUUAGCAUUAUUGGAGGAGUUUGGAUGGCCUCGAGACCUGAAGAUAGAUUGCCAAUGAGCUACGAAACUGAAGAAGGAAUUUUGAUAUACUGGAAUAAAGGAUGCAGGCCGUUGUUUAUUGAAAUAGUAUGGUAUACUAAUAUACCAAUAUUCAAACGCCCUCUUAGUUGCAGGGGUUAUAUUGUUAACAAUAAAAUCAAAGGCCUGUUUGGUAGGGAUGUUCGGUUCUGGGUACCUUGUACUUUUUGAAGGAAUCAGAACAGAUGGUUUCUUGAAAUUUUGAACCAGAACUGGAACCGGUUCCUAGGUACCCAAAACCGGAAGCUGUAACAACAGUUCCUGUUCUGAUUCUGGGUAUCCUGUAAAAUUCAUGACC